GCUACCGUACCAAAAUACGGAAGUAUUUUACCACAGCGGUUUGCAGUAGCAUCUAACCGGGAAAACUAGCUCCGAGAUGGGUUCUUCGUCUGUUUCCUGGCGCAGUUAAGAAUUUUCUGUGAUUUUCUUUGUUAGUUAGUUAGUUCUGGACCUGGUUGAGAGGUCGAGUUGGUAAGAAGAUGGUCCGGAGUCUGUUCCGGUCUGGCUUUCUUGUGCGGGUCAGUCACACCGUGCUAACAUGGAUCGUAACUCUCAUUCUGUUCCUGCACAACACCGAUUUGCGGAGAUGUGAGGAGCGAGGAGAGCUGCUGCUGCCUGCUCUUUUCUUCCUGCUCGUUCUGCUGUCCGUGCUUUUAUACUUCACCGUCUCUUUAAUGGACCCUGGAUUUGUUCUCACUGACACGGUGAAGGGUGGUCAAGGUUCAAAUGAAGAAAUGGAGUCGAUGAUUACGCAGUCGUCGACCCCUCGCCUGCGACGCUGCGGGUACUGUCUGCUGCAGCAGCCAAUGAGAGCCAAACACUGUCAGACGUGCAAACGCUGCGUGCGGCGCUUCGACCAUCACUGUCCCUGGAUUGAGAACUGCGUUGGGGAGAGGAACCACCGCUGGUUCUUCGCCUACCUGCUGGUGCAGCUGCUGGUCCUGCUGUGGGCCCUUCACAUCGCUCUCUGGAAUGUUGUUCUAUCUAGUAACACCUGGAUCAGCUCUCCCAAAGCCGACAGGAUGUCGGGGAUUUCUCCAGGUACUACAUGGGAGCUGUGGCUCAGAGCUAACGGGUUUCUUCUGGGGGCGCUCACAAUAGUCGGGGUUUUCUCCUGGGUCACGCUGCUGCUGCUGGGCUGCCACCUCUACCUGGUCUCAAUCAACUGCACUACCUGGGAGUUCAUGUCCCGUCACAGAAUCUCUUACCUGAAGAACUGCGAGGAUGAGGAGAACCCGUUCGACCGAGGCGUUUUCUGCAACCUCUGGGAUUUCUUCUGCAUCUGCAGGACAGUGAUGUGGGAGCAGGUCUACAAGAAAAACACCUCAAAUUCUGUCUGAACUCAAUGUGUUAAAUUUAGUUUUUUUAAAUGAAGGACAUACUGUUUGUUUGCUGCAGAAUCUCAUUAAUUUUGUCAUAUAUUUUGCUUUCUAGGUGCCAAAUUUCCUUUUUAUUGUUUAAAGGGUUCUGAAAAAGGCAAAUAGGCAGUGAAGCAAGUCUGGAGAACUGUUGAUCAAAACCAUUAUUUAAAAGUUUCCUGCAAAGCCGGAGUGCUUCAAAGCAAACUAUUAAGAACUGAGGACUUGAUCAAGUGAUUUUGUGCAGUAUUAUUGUUUUUUAAAAUGCAACCAAAGAACAAGUGUGAGAACUGGUGCAUUAUAUUCUGUAUCAGGUCUAAAAAGGAUAACAAAGCGACUCGGAGACGGAUCUUGGUGUUAAGUUUAAAGUUCACUGAAGACCUUUCCCUCAUUUUGCAGUUAGUUUCAGCACACGUCAUCACUGCCACCCAGCUGUUGAUGCACAACAAGAACAUGCAGACAGACACACAAAGCCCUGUUUGUACAGAUGUUUUGACGUGUGUACACUUAAGACAGUGUUUACAUAUUUAACCAGAACCUUUAAAGAAAGCAAGAAGCCACUCAGUGUGAUUGGAGCAAUUGGAGCUCAAUACUUUACUCAGGUCUGAGUUAUGACCCUGCAACACUAACUGCCUUUAAGUCUGUAACUGCCUGUAUGUACUGCUGUAAGUCAUUUAUUUAUAACUGUUCAACAUGUACAGAUGAAAUCCUGCAGAAAAAAACAGAGGCAAACAUUUUUUUACUGUACUGAUUUGUUUGUAUUUAUUAAGUACAUUAAAACACAUUUGAUAUG